ACCACUAAGAAAGCAGCACCGAAUUCGACUCCACAUCAAUUUCUUCGUAGCCCUAAUGUUUUUCAACAUUUUGACCAUCUUAUGGGAAGUGCUUGUUGCGCAUAAUAGACUGGUCACACUGGGUUCCACAGACUCCAGCGUCCCUCUUCUUUUUCAAAAUGGAAGUGGCUGUAAGGUACUAGCCUUCAUCCGGUUGUAUUCGCGCAGUGCCACCUACGUGUGGAUGUUUUGUGAAGGAUUUUAUCUUCAUCGCCUCAUCAGCAACGCAUUCAGGCCACCGAAAUCACUAUUUUUCCUCUAUCUCAUUGGAUGGGGUUUUCCAUUUUGCUACACAACCUUGUACGGCGUGUUACGCAUUUUCUUUGACAAUGAAAGGUGCUGGGUAAAAAGUCUGGGACACUUGGAGUGGAUACUGUACGCCCCGAAUCUGGGAAGCUUGGUGGUCAAUUUCAUAUUCUUGUGCAACAUUCUCCGCAUACUGGUGACACAGUUGCAGUCGCACCCUAACGAACCCAGUAAUUUCAGGAGAGCCCUAAAAGCUACAUUUGUCCUAAUACCCCUGUUCGGCGUACAGCUCUUUGUGACAAUCUAUAGACAUCCAGCAGGAAGACCUGGGGCAGCCGAGUAUGAGAAGUUUUCCGUGUUUGUAUUAAAUUCUCAGGGGUUCUUUGUCGCCCUGAUCUUCUGCUUUUUCAACGGGGAGGUUAUUUCAUAUCUCAAAAGAACCUGUACACGCAUGGGUCUAACUCGGAAGCCUACAGAAUCUUCCCGCGGACAGACAGCUGUAUCCAGCGUCAACUUCAUCCACCAAGGUCCAGACAGCCACGAGAGCGAGAACGGCACCCUGAUGUUUGAGAGUCCUCGACCGAGUCCAAGCUCCGGAAAGAAGACGUACAACACGAUUCAGUCAAGUGAACGUACAUACCAAUACAUCCCACUGACUCAGAGACAGGUUACUUCUUCUCCAGCAAGUAAUUCAACAUAA